ACAGUCAAUUUCGAUCAUUUUCAAAUAUUGCGCGCCAUUGGCAAAGGCAGCUUUGGCAAGGUAUGCAUUGUACAAAAACGUGAUAGCGGGAUAUUGUAUGCCAUGAAAUAUGUCAGUCGUUCGGCCUGUGAGAGUCGUGGUGCUUUGGGUGGCGUCAUCAAAGAAGUCGAGCUUCUUUCCUCUUUGGAGCAUCCGUUUUUAGUGAAUUUAUGGUUUUCAUUUCAAGAUGAAGAGGAUUUAUUUAUGGUUUGUGACCUGCUGACAGGCGGUGAUUUAAGAUAUCAUCUGCAAAAUAGAGUGGAGUUUUCCGAAGAAAGUGUUGCCUUAUUAGUGUGUGAACUCGGUAGUGCUUUAGAUUAUUUACAAACGCAACGUGUUGUUCACAGAGACGUCAAACCUGAUAAUAUACUAUUAGAUGGUAAUGGUCAUGCACAUUUGACUGAUUUUAAUAUCGCAACAAGACUGGCAAUGGAUGGCCUCGCCUGUAGUAUGUCUGGUACAAAACCGUAUAUGGCACCGGAGGUCUUUAUGUGUGCUCUGGAUGAAGUGGCUGGUUAUACGUUUCCGGUCGAUUGGUGGUCACUGGGUGUGGUGGCAUAUGAAAUGCGUGCCAAUGUCCGGCCCUUUUCAGUUCAUUCCAAUACAGCUUUAGUGGAAGUGAAACAUAUUUUAAGUGCGCCAGUACAUUAUCCACGCUACUGGAGUCAUCAUUUUGUUGAUUUAAUAACAAAGUUACUCUGCGUACAUCCUGGAGGCCGCAUUAGUUCACAACAAGAAUUACAACUGACACCCCUACUUCGUCAUAUCGAAUUCAAAGAUGUGCUCGAAAAGGAAACGAAACCUCCCUUUAAGCCACCAGAAGAUCAUUUGAAUUGUGAUCCCUGCCUGGAACUAGAAGAAAUGAUUGUCGAAACCCGCCCUCUACACAAAAAGAAGAAACGUUUGGCCAAACAACGUUCGGCACAACGUGACAGCGAUCCUGAGCCGACGCUCGUUAAGGAAUUCAUUGUAUACAAUCGUUACAAAGAACUCAAACGCAAGGACAUGGAGAAGAAAGAAAACGAAUGGGAAAAGGAAUUGGAAGAAGCCAUGGCCAAUUCAGUGGUCAGUAGUUUAGCGCCCAUUAUGGAGACACCACUGCUAGAAACAUUGAAAGUAACGUCAUCUAUAGCGGAACAACAUCCCUGUGAAAAAGCCACAAAUUCCAGUUUAAAUAGCAACACAAAAUCAAAUUCCAGUUUUAGUUCAUCGAAAACUUUGACUACUUUAGGAUCCACCUUGCAAAUGUGUACGAAGUGUCAAAGACCCGGUGCGAGAAAAUCAAAAACUCCCGAAAGUAUAGAAUUUAUUGAUCGUACACCUUCACCUAAGCAUCAAAUUAGUGGAGCAUUAUAA